UAUAUUCUUAUUUAAGGCUAUUAGUAAUAUUUUUAAAAUAAUUAAAUAUAUUAAAUAUAGCCUUUUAGACUUAUAUCUUAAGAUUACUUAUAUAUUUUUUAAUAUUAUAUAUUAUAUAUUCCUAUUUAAACUGUACAUACUAGCAGUUAUUACUAUUAAGGAGAUAUUACUAGAAGGGACAGCAGCGGCAUUAGCUUUUAACUAUUGCCGGCUUACUCUUAAACUCUAUAUAGGCCCUGCUGCUGCUACCUCUAGUGCUAUUACCUCUGCUGCUGCCUCUGCUAGUGCUGCUGCCUCUGCUAGUGCUGCUGCCUCUGCUAGUGCUGCUGCCUCUGCUAGUGCUGCUAGUGUGGCUAGUGCUGCUGGUGCUGGUGCUGGUGCUAGUGCUGCUGCAGUUAUUACUUUAGCCCUAGGGUAA